GUCGACAAGGAAUUGUCAAGCGAGCAACAUCUCAGUUGAGUUUAAGUCCAAUAUUCACUAUUUUCCAUUCAAAUGGGUUGUUGUGCGAGCAAUCUGAAGCUCAAGGAGCUGAGCAGCCUCAACAGCAGCAUCUAUCUGGCAGCCGGAGGAGCGGCACGUCGCUCCCAGAAGCGUUUGUACAGCAGUCGCAACAGCAGCGGAGUGGGCAGCAGUGGCAAUAGCAGCUCCUCAUCAUCCAGUCGCAGCAUCUGGAGCCGCUCCAGCCAGCCCAUUUGCGAUGACUUUGCCGAACAGCCGCAACUGGACAGAUCCUGCGGCUACUACACCUGCAGCAGUGCCAAUUCGUCGCCACGAAAGGGUCACCAGAAGGAUGAGGAUGAGCAGGAGGAUGAGGAGGAAGAGGAGGGAGUGCUUAUGCGCACGCAGGACAUGAGUGCGUCAUCCCGAGACGCCACCACACAAUCCACACAAUCCGCUCAAAUGGCGGGCAAUCUGGAGUGGGAGAUGUACAUGAUGCAGCAGGCGCAGCGCAUAAUGCCCAAGACCUCAUCGCCGAUAUGCCAGCGACGGGACAAUGCCCACAUGCCCGCCUCAUCGUAUCAGAAGUGGAGGAACUAUCUGCAAUCCACGCCGGCUCACAUGCUGCACAAUGUCACCCACAUACCGGAGGCCAUUGCCGGUCACUUUUGCCCGACCAGCUUUCCCGGCUACAGCGAUCUGGAGGAGAUGGAGAGCGCGGCCAAGCGGUUCAAGGUGGAUUUCGAGAGGGAACCACUGGAGGAGCCACUGUACACCACCUACCAACUGCUGGCCGGGCACACGCACACCAUAUCCACAGAUCUGUGAGCGAAGAGCGGAGAACGACGACGACCCAUCCAAUCGCACCAAUCUCCGCCUGGUUCGGAGUGGUUUGGCGAUUGGACGUAAUCCUGAUACCCGGCGAGGACUGGCAACAGGUGUGCCAGCUGUCAAACAGUUGGGCAAAAAUUUGUACGAUUGCAUUGCCCAGCAAUGGCAAUUCGGCUGAUAUGAUUUUACAAAAAUGCACUACUUUUUUUUUCGACUGUAUAUCAUAUACAACGUAGAUGUAAGGACAGGACAAUCAACGAUGUGUACAUUGUUGGAUAAUCAAAUUAUACUCGCAAAUAUAUUUUACAAUCA